AUGGUCGUGUUGACGAAUGACACCUCGUUGGGAUCGGAAAAUGCAGUUCCGGGUCUCGAGCGAGUUGUGGAGGGAUGUCGGCUCAUGGUCAGGAUGACGACACAGAAUGAAUACAGGGACGCUGAAGUGCUUCUCGUGCGAAAUGAUCCGCCUCGUUUCUAUGUUCAUUACAUUGAUUGCAACAGGAGGCUGGAUGAGUGGGUUCCAGCUGAAAAUCUCAAUAUUGAGUCCUUACGUAUGCCCCAGAAAGGAAAGAAGGGAGGAGUGGCGCAGUCUGUGGAAAGUACCUCAGCGUCUGGAUCACCUGAAAGAGAAAUGAGCAAGAAAAGUGCUGCUAUGCGAAAACGAAAGGCAGCUACAAUGGACGAAGACAGCCAGGAUGGUAUGGGACAGAAUGGAGCUCCAAGUUUGCGAGGAUCUAUGUCGAUGGUUGGUCAUAGUGAAGACGCGUUGACAAGGAUUCGUAAUAUCGAAAUGAUUGAAUUGGGAAGGCAUCGGAUACAACCGUGGUACUUCGCCCCUUACCCACAACAACUCGUCCACUUGCCUUGUAUUUACAUUUGUGAAUUUUGCCUGAAGUAUGUGAAGAGCCAGACAUGUCUGAAAACACAUAUGAAAAAGUGCUAUUUGAAACACCCUCCUGGAAAUGAAAUAUAUCGAAAUGAGCAGUUGUCAUUUUUCGAAAUCGACGGUCGAAAGAAUAAGACGUACGCCCAGAAUUUAUGCUUGCUUGCCAAAUUAUUUCUCGAUCAUAAAACUUUGUAUUAUGACACGGAUCCUUUCUUGUUCUACGUUUUAGCCUUUUUGGAUGACCGAGGAUUUCAUAUUGUUGGGUUUUUCUCGAAGGAAAAGGAAUCUGCUGAAGAAUAUAACGUUGCAUGCAUAUUAGUCUUGCCUCCAUAUCAGAAAAUGGGAUAUGGAAGAUUGUUGAUAGAGUUCAGUUAUGAACUGUCAAAGGUGGAAGGCAAAACGGGUUCCCCGGAGAAACCUUUAUCGGAUCUAGGUUUGCUUUCAUACCGAAGUUUCUGGUCUGCUACAAUAAUUGAAAAACUUAUGCGAUUCAAAGAGGAGGAAAUGUCAUCGGGAGAGGAACGUGCAAUUUCUGUGAUGGAUCUCUCGCAGAUGACGUCUAUUCGGAAAGAAGAUGUCAUAUCCACUCUGCAACAUCUAAACCUUUACAAAUAUUACCGAGGACAAUAUGUAAUCGUUAUAACGGAUGAGUUGAAAAACGCGUAUCGGAGGAUGUGCGACAAGAUUACCGUACGUAUCGAUCCGUCCAAAUUGCGAUGGCAACCAAAAGAUUGGAGUAGACGUAAACUGUAA